GCGUGAACAACCCCAAAGCACAAAGACGCAACGAGGUUCAUUGUUGGGGGCCAGAUUGCCAGCAUCUACACGGCGCCCUAUCAAGUUAGGUUGUACAGCAGGAGACAAUCUAAUGGCUAUCCGUGGUCAACUUGUGGAGGAACGCUUAUCACCAACAGAUGGCUGCUUACCGCUGCGCACUGCACUAUAAGAAAGCAGCCAAAUGAUCUUCCUCUUAUGGUUGCCGGAAGUCUGGACCUGUAUAACCUAGCUGGUGCACAAUAUCGAUGGACUGGAAAAGUAAUAACUCAUCCCAACUACAAUGCGCGUACAGCGGAGAACGACAUCGCCCUAAUAAAAGUGACGAGUCCUUUUAGCAGCACUAACAAAGUACGUCCUCUUACCAUAGCACAGUUCACCUCAGACACAGCAGGACAGCUAAUGCAAGCCAGUGGCUUCGGUACCACCGGUAAGAAUGAGUUGUGUCUACUAAUCACGAUUGUCAGGUGUAUUAAACGUCGUUUCAAUAGAUUUCGAAUGUACCUGGUAGAAUCCGAUCGGAAAAGUUUACCUUUUUUCUCAGUAUCCCGUCACAAUUCUCCAGCUAAGCUGCAUGGCGUCGUAUCGUGGGGCUACGGCUGCGGCAGUUCUCAUAACCCGGGAGUGUACACGCGCGUGGCAAGCUACUACACGUGGAUCACGAACACGAUUCGGGACAACUAAACAGCGUGUUGCGUUGUUGUCACCACGCCUGUGAACUUGUCACGUGAGCUCUUAAAAUGUCACGUGACAGGCGCCGGCGAUGGAG